ACGCAGUAUAUGAUAUUCGAUUUAUCCCAAAAAGAAUUGCAAUCUUAAUUAUUCAAAAGUCGCGAAAACCUUUAUUUAUUGUGCGUUUUGAUUAGUUAUUUGAUAAAAUAAAAAAAUAUUGUUGCCUCUUAUUCUGUGGAACUUUUUACAUUGUUUUUAAAUAUGUAAGUUUUAUUUUUAGUUUUUAUAUUAUUUUUUAAAUAAAAUCAAUUAAAAAAUUUUGAAAUUUCAUUUUAAUUUGCAUAAAAUAUCCCCUAAUUUUCGUGAGAGCUUUUCCCCCUUUAUUUCUCUUUCCGUUUCUCAAUCAAAGGACUAUAUGUACUCCGUAAUUAUAACGACCUCGCAUCUCGGAGAGCCCAGAAUGGAACCGGAGCGAUAUAGCCCGACCCGACUUACUCCCAUCACUAGUUUUGCGGCUCUCGCCGCCGGUGGCACUAGCUCCGACUGCGAAACGCCUCCAUCGGCCUCUUCCUCAUUCCCCGCCGUCGUCAACCAGACUCUUCAGCUCAUCCGCUCAGAUGACCCGGUUUGCAAAAUCCAUGCCGCCGGGGAGAUCCGGCGCCUCACCAAGACUUCCCAUCGCUACCGCCGUCACUUCUCCAACGCCGUUGAACCUCUCGUCGAUAUGCUCCGCUCCGGCGCCGUCGAAUCCAGCGAGGCCGCUCUCCUUGCCCUGCUCAAUCUCGCCGUCAAAGACGAAGGAAAUAAGGUAAAAAUCAUAGAUGCUGGUGCUUUGCAACCUAUCAUAUCAUUUCUAAAGUCCAAGAAUGCGACUCUGCAAGCGCAUGCAACCGCUUCCCUCCUCACCCUAUCGGCUUCUCCUGUCACGAAGCCCAUCAUAACGGCUUCUGGUGUGAUCCCUCUUCUUGUGGAAGUUCUAAAGAAUGGGAGCCCUACACAAUCUAAGGCUGAUGCUGUAAUGGCUCUUUACAACCUCUCAUCCUAUGAAGGCAAUAUAAUCCCAAUUCUCCAGACGGACCCCAUCCCUUCCAUUGUCAGCCUGCUCAAAUCCUGCAAAAGAUCUUCUAAAACAGCAGAAAAAUGUACGGCCCUGAUAGAAUCUUUAGUCGGUUACGAGGAGGGUAGGACCGCGUUGACAUCCGAAGAAGGCGGGGUACUGACUGUAGUGGAAGUUCUUGAGAGUGGGUCCCGUCAGAGCCGAGAGCAUGCUCUCGGGGCCCUUUUGAAGAUGUGUGAGAGCGACAGGUGUAAAUACAGGGAACCCAUUCUCAGAGAAGGCGUGAUCCCCGGGCUUCUGGAGCUCACUGUUCAAGGAACCCCAAAGUCCCAAGCAAAGGCACAAACUUUGUUGAGAUUACUGAGAGAGUGUCCUUUCCCAAGAUCUGAGCUUAAAGCCGACACCCUAGAGAACAUCGUUAGUAACCUUAUAUCCCAAAUGGGAGGGGAGGAGAACCCCGGCAAGGCGAAGGAGAUGCUAGCUGAAAUGGUGCAAGUCAGUAUGGAGCAAAGCUUGAGACAUUUGCAGCAAAGGGCUUCUCUGGUUUGCACACCCGGCGGCGAUCUCUCUGUUUCUACCAGACGCGCCUCGAAAGUUCCUUCAAAAUGACCAUUUUGGACAUAGUUAUUCCUCCCUUUUGGGAUGGGGGCUGUCUUCCAUCCUGUAAUUGAGACAUCAGCAUUCUGUGUACUGCUUUUACUAGGGAAUAAGGUGUCUAUAUAGCAAAGAUGCCAGUCCAGACCCUUUCCUAUGGGUUAUCUGGUGACUGGUGUAUGUAGAUAAUCAAAUUUGAAAGGAAGGAAAUCCCAGUGUUUGGAACAGAGCUUUCUUUUUAAUACAUACAUGGCUUCUGUAAUAUACUGUGGUUUAAUAA